CUAUCGGUGAAUCUACUAGAGGGAAGGCCUUGCUGUGAAACAAGGAAAAACUUGUCUAUUCCCGUUUUUGCCUGCACUGAGAUGAGAUACGUCGAUUUGAACAAGACGAGAGACCAGUUUAACCAGUUCAGCGGGCUUAGUAGAACGGUUGCAAUCAUAUAUCACCUGCAUACAAUACAUAUACAGUGGGUUAAAUGUGAGUGGGCUAUAAAG